UUUAAUUACUAAGAUAUAGCAAGAAUCAAGAAAGGUUUUUUUUUCAAUAGUGACAAUGACGGAGCUGUCACGAGAAAUUGGAGAAGUUUGGUCAAGAUUAUUUGAUCAUCGACCCUUUUUAAAUGGCGAAAUCAAGUUUAUGCUAAAAGAAUUUGAGGAAAAGAGAGGAGAUCGCGAAGUUGAGAAUCUAUUCUCCAUUCUUGAGAAGCUCACAGAAGUCAAAGACAACCAAGUAGAUAAAAUUAAGAAAGUUGGAGAAGCUGCAUUGCCGCUGUUGAACGAGAAAUUAGAACAGGCUUUGCAGCUCUGUGAAGAAGUUGAAAGGGAAAGCAUUGAAAUUCAAAAGGUCAGUGAACAAAAAAGAUUAGAAAAUCGUGAAAAGAGACAAAAAGAAUGGGAUCAGUUCAUUGAUGAUAUGAACUUUAAAUGUAAGAGAAUUGACAACGCUUUUGAAGAAAAAGAAGAAGAGCUCCGAGACCUAUACACAGAUUUAAAUCACAAAUUGAACAUUGCAGAAAAGUAA